ACCGCGUCACAAAGCGGAUUUUCCGUUUCCACGGCAACGCCUCCUCCUCCUCCGAGGCUGCUCUCAACCCCCGGGACAAGGAAUCGGAUGGCAGUGGGUGCUGCCUGGUACACCUAGCGGGUGGGGGGCGGGGGACGAAGGUCGCCUCCCCCCCUCCCGCCUACCAAGGGAUCCCACUUGGCCAGUAUAGCCCUGAAAUGCAACUGAGCAGUGCACAGAAAGUUCAGCAGAUUUCUGCAACGUUGUGGGUGAAAUACUCAGCUGAGACUGAAGCGCCUAGAAACUGCUGUCCCAUCGGUACCAACCACAACAAUGAGAAGUCAUUUAAGGCACAACAGAAGGUGUUAAUGCAAGUUCUGCCAGUGAAUUAAACAUAUAUUUAAAGGCCACAUAGCAAUAUGGCUUGGACUUCAUUGAUCUUUUUGUGAUAUACUUUGUAAGCUACACAGGAGAGCAUGAAAUCUUCAAAAAUGGACUCUAUGAAGCUAAAGCAUGAUAUCAAUCCAUUGCUUCUUUUGUUUAUAAACUUUGUAAUCUUGCUUUACACAGUUAUAACUUUUAUUCCAUGGUAUUUAUUUUCUGGAGCAAGACAUGUCAUAGCCAAGUCAAAGCAAAUUAAAGCUAAACCUGUGAGUUGCAGGCCAGGCAGUGCAUACAGAUCUGUUAACAGUUUGCAUUGCUUAGCAUCUGUCUUAUACCCUGGUUGUGAUACACUCGACAAAGCUUUCAAGUAUGCUAGGAGUAAAUUUAAGGACAGAAAACUCCUGGGAACACGGGAAGUCUUGAAGGAGGAAGAUGAAAUCCAGCCAUCUGGAAAGGUUUUUAAAAAGGUUAUCCUUGGAAAAUAUAUGUGGCUCUCGUACGAUGAUGUUUUCAAUAAAGCGAAAAAAUUUGGAGAUGGAUUAACUGUGUUGGGCAUUCAACCGAAGACGAACAUUGCCAUCUUCUGUGAAACUAGAGCAGAGUGGAUGAUCGCUGCCCAAGCUUGCUUCAUGAACAACUUCAUACUUGUUACACUUUAUGCCACACUAGGAGGCCCUGCGAUAGUACAUGGGUUAAAUGAAACUGCAGUGACAACCAUUAUUACCAGCAGAGAAUUGAUGCAAACAAAACUGAAGAGUAUUGCUUCUCGGAUUCCUCUGAUGCGCCAUAUUAUUACUGUGGAUGGCACACCAACAACAUGGUCAGAAUUCCCCAAAGGGGUAAUCGUUCACACGAUGGCAUCUGUUCAAGCUAUGGGAGAGAAAACAGAAAACUUUCCAGCCAACAAGCAGAAGCAGAGACCGUUGCCGUCGGACAUUGCAGUAAUAAUGUAUACCAGUGGUUCUACAGGUGUCCCAAAAGGCGUUAUGAUCUCGCAUUGUAAUCUUAUUUCUGGUAUAACUGGGAUGGCUGAAAGGAUUCCUAAUCUUGGAGAGAAAGAUACUUACAUUGGAUACUUGCCACUUGCUCAUGUUUUGGAGUUAAGUGCUGAACUUGUUUGCUUGACUCACGGAUGCCGUAUUGGCUACUCAUCACCUCAAACAUUAAGUGAUCAGUCCUCUAAAAUAAAGAAAGGAAGUAAAGGUGAUGUUUCUGCACUGAAGCCAACUCUAAUGGCAGCUGUGCCGGAAAUCAUGGAUCGAAUCUACAAAAAUGUCAUGAAUCGAGUUAAUGAAAUGUCCAAUUUCCAACGUAAUCUGUUUAUAUUGGCUUAUAAUUACAAGAUGGAACAGAUUUCAAAAGGCUACACUACUCCAUUGUGUGACAGACUUAUUUUCCGGAAAGUCCGGAUGCUGCUGGGUGGGAAGAUUCGGGUCUUGUUGUGUGGAGGAGCUCCACUUUCUGCAGCAACUCAGAGAUUCAUGAACAUCUGUUUCUGUUGCCCAGUGGGACAGGGCUAUGGACUAACAGAAUCCUCUGGGGCUGGAACGAUAACAGAAGUUUGGGACUAUGCCACAGGCAGAGUGGGAGCACCCUUGGUUUGCUGUGAAAUCAGGCUCAUGAAUUGGGUAGAAGGUGGAUACUUUAACACAGACAAACCAUAUCCUAGAGGCGAGAUUGUUAUUGGAGGUCAGAACAUAACUAUGGGCUACUACAAAAAUGAAGAACGGACCCGAAGUGAUUUCAUGGUGGAUGAGAAUGGACAGAGGUGGCUCUACACUGGUGACAUUGGGGAAUUCCAUGCAGAUGGUUGUCUAAAAAUUAUUGAUCGGAAAAAAGACCUUGUAAAACUUCAAGCGGGAGAAUAUGUUUCUCUCGGUAAAGUUGAAGCUGCUUUGAAGAAUCUUCCACUGAUAGAUAAUAUUUGUGUAUAUGCGAGCAGUUUCCAGUCUUACGUCAUUGGAUUUGUUGUGCCAAACCAUAAAGAACUUAAAGAGUUAGCACGAAAGAAAGGAUUUAAAGGAACUGUGGAGGAGAUAUGUAACAGUCCUGAAAUGGAAAAAGAAGCACAGAAGAUUAUAGCUGAAGCUGCUCACAUAGCUAAUCUGGAGAAAUUUGAAAUCCCACUCAAAAUUCGUUUGAGCCCUGAACCUUGGACCCCAGAGACGGGCUUGGUGACAGAUGCCUUCAAACUAAAACGGAAAGAGCUUACUGCACACUACCAGGAAGAUAUUAAUCGAAUGUAUGGAACAAAAAUAAAAUAAUGGUUUUUUUCUUGCACCACUUUGCUAUGGUGAGCUCAGAUCAAAUAGGAAAUACUUGAAUCACAUGUCUCAUCACUUGGGACCAACAUUAAAAACAUCUUUACUCGCUCUCAGCUUAUGCUGUUUCUUCUGAUAAUAUCAGCGUCUUUAACUGGCAGGAUUAGUAAAAUGUUAAGGCAGAAAAUUGGUGUCUGUCUCCUUUUUCCCUCCCUUAGUUUUUUUUUCUGCUACCUUGUCAGUGAGUGGAUUUUCCUAAAUAUUCUUUUUGGGCUAACCUGAUUUUGAAGCCUCAAGUUUGUAAACCUGAUUUAUAAAUCCUGUAUAAUGUUUCCAUUCGUAACUUUUUGAAGUUUGGAUAUAUAGAGGGAGAACUUGGCUAUAUACAAAAUGAUUAGUUUGGGGGCCUUUUUUUACGUAAAUAUUUAAAUAUUAAAGAGGUAUCAAUGUGAAAUUAUGUACAAUGAAAUGACUUAUAGGUGAAAAUCAUUGUUGGCCAGAACACCAGAUUAUUUGUUGCUGUGCAAUUGUUUUGUAUAAAAUUGCAAGAGAAAUAGUCUGAUAUUCUGACUUAUAAAGUAACAGCUGAAGUAUGUGCCUGACAAUUUCCUCCUACAUAUAUAUUUUAUUUUUAUCUGAAAUAAGGAAAAAUGGUCAUGGCAAAGUGCUGUAUAUAAGCAGGCCUUCCUGCAAAACAAGGGUGAAUGAGGCUUGAGUCAUGCGAAGUAUGUUCUAAGACAGCAGAUGUGACACCUGUGAAUAAUCUGUUUAACAGACAUAGUUCAAUUUUGAAAAUGUAUUGAGGCCAUUUUAUAAAGAAAUUGACUUGUUAAAACUAGUGACAACUCAGUUUUAAAUGAAUUGCAUUCUGAUUGACAAUGUCCUUUACUAAGAUGGGACUUUUAUGUGUGUGGAUUUUUAUCUGCUUUACAAUUCAGGCUGCUUCUCUCUUUUUUUAUUAUUAUUAUGUGCGUAUAAAUCAGCAGUUACAGUCCAGUUCAGGUCUAGCUGAAGCCCAAAUGUUUUAAGAACACAGUCGAUUGCGACGUUCUCCUGCACAAGCCUAGCCAAAAUGGAUUUGAAUUGCGUGUGUGUGUGUGUAGGGAGUUUGCACAAGAUAAAUUCAUGGUGGAUUGUGCUGUUGGAGAACAUUUUCAAAUGUACUGAUGGUGAUUUGUUUACUAUUGUCUGUCUCAAUGUCAUGGGUGCUGAUGGAAAUGUCGUCUUUAAUGAUCUCAUUGUUGGUACCUUACUCCUGUACGCAAGUUACUUGGGCAUAUAAUUUGCUGUUUCGAAAGAAAACAUUCUUCCAGAUUAACUGUAUUUGAGAUAAUAACCUUGAGUCACAUUUUUUUUUUUUUGGUCACUGUUGUGCCCAAAAUCUUCAGUUUGAAAGUGUGUUCCUUUGUGUGCUUCAUUAUAAGAACUACCAUUGGGCUCCAGUCCACAUGCUCUGGUGUGUGCACAGAUAACUGUAGAAGCAGAACAGGACAGACUGCAGAAUUGGGGAAAGCAGUGUGCAGGCAAUGACAUGGGCAUGCUGUGCUUUGCCUGACAUUGAAGUGGUGGCGCAGCCCCUGCUGAUUCAGUUCUGUGUGGGCAUCUGAGGGUUAACUGGAGUUCCAGAUUAUUAUGAUGUGUUGAGAAAGUUUUAAGUGCCACAUAAGAUCUCAGUCUGGAAAACCUUUCAAUAUUUGGUUCAUCUACUUACCCCACCCCCCCCGGCAAUAUUACAAAUAUAAUUGCUAUCCCACAAAUGAGAUUUCUCCUUCCUCUCCUCUUCCCUACAGCCCCCCUGUGCCCCCCCCAAUUCUACUUGGUUGGGUGGUCCUCUGGAGCAGGUUGGGGGCUGGGAAUGUGGGGGGGGGGCACAUCUGCUGGUGCAACGGUUGAUCUCUCCCAUACACGAGUAAGUCUGAUGUGUGGAAGAGGCUUUAAUUUGAAAAGGUUUCUUUCCUAUCAAAUUACAAAAACAGUGGCCUUGGACCUAUAUCUUGGCAGUAGGGCAUUGGAUAUUCAGAUUUUGGACACUAUCUGGCCAGCAUUAAGCACUUUAAAACCCAUUGAUGGAGAAUGAAAGCUUGCUUCUCUCCCAGUGAAAACAAUGGAGCUUACAAAUGCUUAAUUUUGGUUGAAUCAUGCCCAUCCUAUACUUGAAAAAAAUCUGUGGCCACAGAUUCUUAAAAAGCUUUAAUUGGGGAGGCAAAUUAACUAUUGCAUCUUAAUUAGAAAAAAAAUACAGAAUGUGUAUAGAGUGAUAUGUUCUCCUAAUAUAUGGAGUUCUGUUGCAAAGUGUCAGGUUGGUUUCUAUAAUUAAAAUGAGUUGGCUCACUAAUUGAAGAUACUACUGCAUUCCUUGGGAACUCAAUUAAUGCAUUAGGACUUUGCAUUUGGUUUAUUCUUUUUAUGUUAUGAAACGAAAUAGGCUGGUGGAAUUAUCUAAAUCUGCCUUCCCCAACCUGCUGGUCACCUGAUUUUCUGGACUACAACUCCCAUCACCCCCCCCCCCCAGCCAGCAGGGCCAGCAUGGUCCAACAAUGCCUGGAAGGCACAAGGUUGGGGCAGCCUGAUCUAAGCUAAGAUACAAGAUCCCACAGCUGCAAAUGAGCAAUUGAAGUUCAUUUUUUUUAAUUUUUGAAAUCACUUUGGAUAUCAUUUUAAAAAUUAUGGUGUUUAAGUUGCCUUGGCCAUGAAAACUCAUUUGGAGAAAAAUAAGGUAGAUGGGUGUUAAAAAUAUUUCUUUCAUCUUGAAUUGCUCAAUUUCACAUUUAUCUGGUUCCUCUAUUGUGCUUAAAAACGUUACACACCUUUAAUAACAGUGUGUGGGAAUAGCAUUUGUAACACAAUCCAGAACUAAAUCCAUUGUUCUAUUGAGAUCAGUAGACUGAUCAGUCCAUUGAGUCCAGUGGGUCUGCUCUGAGAAUGACAAACGUUAGAUACUGCCCUCUGUUUUUUAGAAACAUUAGAUGGCACAUUUCUGGUUGUAUGGGCUCAACCUUGUCAUUAAAACUGAUGGAUUUUUAAAAUCAUUGCUAACAUAUCUCUGAGAAUUGUCACAAAUUAGUUUUCUGAGCAUCGCUGUGCUCUCUUUAUUGGAGAAAUGUUGUAUAUGACAGCUAUUGUUUGCAGUGAAGAUACCAAAUGGCCUAACAUGUGGCUACAUGGAAUAGCUUAUUAUUAUUUCCAUUGAAUGGUUUUCAUGCUGGAGGGUUCUUUAUGCUUUUUUAGAUUCAGGUACUAAAGCAAAGAACCAAAGUGAAAAGACUAUGGGCCAUAAAUAGUCUUUGAUCACCAAAAUUAAAGGAGUGGGUUUUUUGGGGUUUGUUUUCAGCUUGUUUUUUGGCAGUCUCUUUUCUAUUUUCCUUGUUUGUGCUGCAGUAUCUUCUAGGCUGUUGAACUGUGAGCAUUCUUUUAUCCCUCUGGCUGCAUGCCGUUGUGGCUUCUCUGUAGCAGGACCAGAAGUAAAAGUGAGCAGAGGCAGUAGGCCUUCCUUAGCAACCAGACCUGGAAACGCGGUUGUGUAGCUUCAGAACCUUAAGAGCCUUGCCAUUUUUAAAAAAGCCAUUGCGAGACAUUGCAUGGCAAAUGUGUGUAAACAUCUUUUUGAAAAAGAAAAGAGCUGCAGAGGAGAAGUCCUUGAGCUUUGGCCUUCAAGCAGUUUUCUGCUUGCCUCUAUCACCACUUUUCUACCCACACAGCAAAAAGAUAAUUUGAAAAGCAGUUGAGUGAAGCAGUCCUGAAUUAAAGAAAUGGGCUCAAGUGAGGCAGGGUUCAGCAAUUCCUCCCUCUGCUUAAGAGUACAGCUCCCAUAGCUGCUUCCCCACAUUUUCCAAAAUAGUAGGGAGAUUGUUAUGUAGCUGUAUGCUACUUUAGCUUUGACCCACAGGAACAUUUGGGACCAUUCGCGUCCUGUCCCAGUGAAGAGAUGUAGUUUUGAAAGAUGGAUUUCAGCAGUAAAUGUGAUUAAGACUUACUGCUGCCAAGGGGGAUCUACCUUCCCAUAGGAUUCCACAUUGAUGUGGGAUCUGGUAAAUAAUGUGACCACCUGCAUGUGAGUGAUCCUGUGGAUCUUGCCAGCUUAAAACCACAAAGGUUCAAGCCACAAGAAUGUGAUUUCCACAGGACUGCAGAUGUGGGAAGAGGUCCAUAGUCAUUCAAGAUAGGAACUAUGGGGAAACAGAAUGAACUGUAAAAGUGCCACUUUUUUUUUUUAAAAAGGUCAGGGUUUAAAAAAUCAAUACAUUUUGCCCCAGAUACUGCAUGUAUCCUUGAACAAGGAGAAGCAAAGCUUCAUGUGGAAAUGAAUGUAAAAGAAAUUGCCCAAGCACUGCUUCCUGUCAUUCAUUUCACCUGGUCUUGUGAUGGAGCCCCAUGCAAACUCUGUAGAAAAGAAUAAAGCAGCAGUGAUUGUACCCUUUUAUGUCAGGAAACACGUUUUAUGUGGUUUUACUGAUGCUGCUGCUAUUGCAGUUUACAAUUAAUACAUCUAUUUACCUCAAGGGGAAGCUGUCUUUUUAGCAGUAAAAUAAUUCGCUGAAGUUAAAGCUAAAAGCAGUGUGCAAUUAAAACUCAAAAUGAAGCCUACAAGUGUUCUCUGGGCUUUUGCUUUUUAGCAAAGAUGAGAAAAAUGUAUAGAGUUGAAAUAAAAAACUUCCUUGAGCCUAUAAUGCUUGAGAAUUUAUGCAGCAAAUUCAGCAGAAUAGAAAUCCUUAGAAAAUAACUGUUGGCUGCAAAAAUUCCACAAGAUGGGUUUUCUUUCUUCCUGCUUUAAGACUUCCACUUCACCCAUUUGACUAAUUUUUGAAAUUUUUAAAGUAAAUGUAAUGUGUGUGUUCUUCUGGGCUUGUAUGAAAAUUGUUUGCAUUUGUUGUCUUCUAAAGUGGCAAAAAGAGAGAACUGUUUUAAAAGGCUGUACACAUAUUAGACCAAGCUGAAAACAUAACUGGAUGACCAGUUGUUCAUUGUACUAAUUGAUUAUUUAAUGUAAAUUCAUUCAUCUUGGUUGUUAUUCUGAACUGCCUGAAAAUGUGUCUAUCAUAACUUGAGUUAUAUUGUAUGAAUUAUUUAUUUGUAAUUGGACAUUUACACUUCAAAAAUAAAAUUAAAAUUGAGUUUCACAAGUUAA